CCAGACAGCGGCCCACGCGCCUACCGGUCGGCGUCAGCCCCGCCGCCGCCCGCAGCCGCCUCGUGCUCCCGCGCGCCAGGCCCGCGGCGGCCGCCUCCCGCGGUCCAGCAUGUCCGCCUCGGCCUCCGCCGCGGACGGAGACGGAGCCCCCGCCCAGCCCGCGUCCGAGAAGGAGCCCGAGAUGCCCGGCCCCAGAGCGGAGAGCGACCAGGAGGAGGAAGAGGAGGAGAAAGAAAAGAGUCUCAUUGUGGAAGGCAAGAGGGAAAAGAAAAAUGUAGAGAGGUUGACCAUGCAAGUGUCUUCCUUACAGAGAGAACCAUUUACAAUCGCACAAGGAAAGGGGCAGAAACUUUGUGAAAUUGAAAGGAUACAUUUCUUUCUGAGCAAGAAAAAAACAGAUGAACUUAGAAAUCUACACAAACUGCUUUACAACAGACCAGGCACUGUGUCCUCAUUAAAGAAGAAUGUGGGGCAGUUGAGUGGCUUUCCAUUUGAAAAAGGGAGUAUCCAAUAUAAAAAGAAGGAAGAAAUGCUGAAAAAAAUUAGAAAUGCCAUGUUAAAGAGCAUCUGUGAGGUUCUUGAUUUGGAGAGAUCAGGUGUAAAUAGUGAACUAGUGAAGAGGAUCCUGAAUUUCCUAAUGCAUCCAUAGCCUUCUGGCAAACCAUUGCCAAAAUCUAAAAAAACCUCUAGCAAAGGCAGUAAAAAAGAACGAAAUAGUUCUGGAAUGGCAAGGAAUGGAAAGCUAACAAAAUGUCCUGAAAUUCUAUUGGAUGAAUCUAGUAGUGACGAAGAUGAAAAGAAAAACAAGGAGGAGUCUUCAGAUGAUGAAGAUAAAGAAAGUGAAGAGGAGCCACCAAAAAAGACCUCUAAAAAAGAAAAAGCGAAACAGAAAGCUACUUCUAAAAAUAAAAAGUCUGUAAAAAGUGCAAAUGUUAAGAAGGCAGAUAGUAGUACCACCAAGAAGAAUCAAAACAGUUCCAAACAAGAAAGUGAAUCUGAGGAUAGUUCAGAUGAUGAGCCUUUAAUUAAAAAAUUGAAGAAACCACCUACAGAUGAAGAAUUAAAAGAAACAGUAAAGAAAUUAUUGGCCAAUGCUAACCUGGAGGAAGUCACAAUGAAGCAGAUUUGCAAAGAGGUAUAUGAAAAUUACCCUGCUUAUGAUUUAACUGAGAGAAAAGACUUCAUAAAAACAAUUGUAAAAGAGCUAAUUUCUUGAGAUAGAGGACAGAGACAGAUGACUCCUUUCCAUAGAUUUGAAGAUCUGAUUUAUACCAUUAUACCAGCAAAGAGAAUGUAUUUCCUUUUCUAAAUCCUUAUUAAGCAUUGUGUUGGUAGGACUUACUGCUGACCUUUUUAUCUUGAGUGUUACAUAAAUCAGUUGGCCAUUUUAAACUGCAUUUCUAUGCAGUUUUUAGUUAAAAUCUUGCAUGGCAGUA